AUGUCAAAUGUGAACUCAACUCGAAUCACACGGGUGAACGUGCGGGUGAACGUGCGGGUGAACGUGCGGGUGAACGUGCGGGUGAACGUGCGGGUGAACGUGCGGGUGAACGUGCGGGUGAACGUGCGGGUGAACGUGCGGGUGAACGUGCGGGUGAACGUGCGGGUGAACGUGCGGGUGAACGUGCGGGUGAACGUGCGGGUGAACGUGCGGGUGAACGUGCGGGUGAACGUGCGGGUGAACGUGCGGGUGAACGUGCGGGUGAACGUGCGGGUGAACGUGCGGGUGAACGUGCGGGUGAACGUGCGGGUGAACGUGCGGGUGAACGUGCGGAUGAACGUGCGGUUGACGUGUCGUGCUGUACCAGGUAGCCUACACCCCCUACGGGCGGCUCGCCGCCUUCCCUAA